UAGUCUAAGUCAGUCAGUGGCAGGCCGCAGUCUGCUGCCGGAUCGCAAGCUCUACGGUUCUAGUCGCUUUCUGAUUGCAAGCAACUGGCACGCGGCUCGUGUGUCACAUGUGUUUUGUGAAUUGAAUUUUUACGAUACGGUUCAAUCGUGUCGCGCAAGAUAUCCGCAAGUAGAAUAAGGACGCUGCGUCGGCGAUCCUGAUUGGGAACGAUGCUUCGCGAAUCGGUGUGGAUUCUGUUCCUGGUUUUGGCUGCUUCCUGCACCCGACAAGCUGCCGGAAAAUGUGACCGGAAACCAGACGAUGCGACAAAGCAACAGAGCCAUCCUGGGGAUAAAUUUCGGAUUAUUGUGUCCGAGUACAACAGAACCGAUCCCAUCAAUCACUUCGAAUCAAGGACUAAAUACGUGGUGAGUCUUCAGGGCGACAAAAGUUCACCAACACCGCCGAAGUUCACCAAAUUCACGCUGAUAGCCGAGGCCGAAGACGAGGACGCGUCAGCGGACGUCGGUUACUUGGACAUCGACGAUCCGAAUUUUAGUAAGAUUUCGGAAAUGUGUCCUAACGCGGUCGUCGAAGCAUCGGAGAUCCGUAAGGACGACGUCUCCGUCUUCUGGACCAGCCCCGUCGACCAGGGUGGAUGCAUAUCCAUCAAGGCGAUGGUCAUGGAGUCCCCGGACCUCUGGUACAUGGACGACGGGGACCUCACCGCGACGGUCUGCCCGUCGUCUUCUUCCUCAUAUAACGAAGAUCCUGGCCCGGUAUUGCAGACCUGCUGUGCCUGCGCCGAAGCGAAGUACGAAGUCACUUUCGAGGGACUCUGGUCCCGGAACACCCAUCCUAAGGACUUCCCGACCAACGCGUGGAAAACAAAAUUCUCCGACGUUAUUGGCGCCUCGCAUACAGUGGAUUACCGCUUUUGGGAGUACGCGAAAUACGCCAGCGAGGGUUUGCGUCAGGUCGCCGAACACGGGGUCACCCGCAUGCUCGAAUCCGAGUUGAAGGAGCAGAGCGAACACAUCCGAACCAUAAUCAAGGCCAGAGGAAUAAGCUACCCCAACGUCACCGGGAAAACCUUCGCGGUGUUUCGUGUGGACCAGAAACACCAUCUCAUGUCGUUGGUCACCAUGAUCGACCCUUCGCCGGACUGGAUAGUCGGAGUUUCUGGACUUGAGCUGUGCUUGGCUAACUGUUCCUGGAUCGAGCACCGGGAGUUGAAUCUCUACCCUUUCGACGCGGGCACGGAUAGCGGGAUAACGUAUCUCUCGCAAGACACCCCGACAGAUCCUCAAGAAAAAAUUACCCGCAUAACUUCGACCUUCCCGAACGACCCGGCUUCUCCAUUCUACGAUGAAACAGGGGCGGACAUGAAGCCGAUAGCGAAGCUCUACCUGAACCGACAACGUCUAUACGAAAAGACCUGCGACGCGCCAUCGCCCGAAGGCCCCAGAGAAGCCUGCCAGGUAAGCGACUGGGGCCAGUGGGGUCAAUGCUCUCGUAGCUGUGGAAACGGGAAGAAACUCCGUCAACGAUAUUACCUGGACCCCGACGCAGCUUUGGCGGCUAGCUGUAAGAAGAAAUUGUCCGACCGAUCAGACUGCAGGAUCGAGCGAUGUCCAGGAAGGACGCCCGGCGUUUGCGAGCUCGAGGAGUGGAGCAGCUGGUCUUCGUGCAGCACCACCUGCGGCCCAGGGGUCAAAACUCGAUCCCGUAAAUUCCGCGACCGGAAGACCAGGAAGUACUGUAUGCACAAUGCGGAACGCCACGAGCUGGAGCUGACCCUCGACUGCGAGAACGAGCCUUGUCCCGACGUGGAUCCCGACGCCGAAGAGGUAAGCGAAAGCGCCGAAAAUGCCGUCGACGGCUUCGCCCAGGAGGCACCGGUGCUGGAGGAAUGGACGCAGUGUCCAAAGGAUCGAUUCACCGAGUGGUCCAUGUGGUCGCCAUGCAGUUCCAGCUGCGGUCCUGGAGUGAAACUGCGUUCCAGGCUGCUCAAAAAAUCCUGGAGUGACAUGGAGGACUCGGAGGAACGUAAUCUGGAAGAAUGUAAGACCGAGCAGGCGGCUUGCGUGGCGGCAAUACCGACUUGCGAUUUCUCGGAGGAAAUGGCACGGAGCAUUUGCAGCGAACCACCGGUCAGUGGGAAUUGCAACGCGAACAUUAUGCGCGUAUAUUUCGAUAGCACGAGCAAUGAGUGUCGAAGGUUCGAUUACACGGGGUGCGGCGGUAACAGGAACAACUUCCCAACCGAGCAGGAUUGCAAUACCGUAUGCAAUAAAUAUCAAAUGGGUGAAAUCACCGACAAGCCUUAUCUCGGCGACCUGACACCCGUCAGCCAAAUCGCCGACGGAUAUCCACUCGACUGCAAGUUUACCGAAUGGAGCGAGUGGACGCCCUGCGGCUCCAAUUGCAAGGGCUACACCUACCGCAAUCGAACGAUUCUGCGAGAAGCAAGAAACGGGGGAAAAAGAUGUCCGGAAAAACUGCAACGGAAAAGACGAUGCAGGAAGGUACCGCCUUGUUUAGUACGAAGAGGCAUGCGUCGGAGAAGUUAUAACGAAUUCUUCGACGGGAUGAGCGGAAAUUCCAAUUCCAUCGAUUGCGAGCUAUCUCCGUGGUCGACGUGGUCAUCGUGUACGGCAACCUGCGGGUACUCGGUUCGUCACAGAACCAGAAAUGUGAUCGUAUCACCGGAGGGUCCGGACGCGAAGCUCUGCCCCCCGCUGGCACAAUUUGUGACAUGCUCUCCGAGCGCCUGCGAUGAAUCAAGGGAGCAGUAAAACGGGGAAAAAUGAAUAAAUUACAAUUAUAAUGAAAAUAAGUAAUUAUUAGAAUGGUUAAAAAUUGAAAUCGGUCGAUGGAGA